AUUCUCCCACUCUCUGUCAUCCUGACUCUCUCUCAUCCUCAGACUCUCUCUCUCUGUCACCCUCAGACUCUCUGUCAUCCUCAGACUCUCUCUCUCUCUGUCAUCCUCAGACUCUGAAGCACAGCUCUCAAAGCAGUAAUAUGGCAGCUCUUCUCUUCAUUGCAACAAUCUGCUUGGGAUACGCAGCAGCAUUCUCAGAGGUACCCGUGGACUGCUGUCUGUCAACCACUGACAUCCGUUUCCCUCGCCACUUUAAGAUGGUCUCCUACCUGCUGCAGACUACAAACAGAGGCUGUGACAUCGAUGCCACUGUGUUUAUCACCAAGACAGGGGCGAGACUGUGCUCGCCCCAUCCCGCAGAGAGCAAGUGGGUGUCAGACUACGUCAAACGUCUGGAGCGAACCAUCUCCCUCCGGAGAGCUAACUCACCUCAGGAGUGAAUGAGCAGAGUAAGACCAGGAGAGGAGACGUGGAGGAGUGGAGGAGACAUUCAUUUCAACCUUUUUCAACUGAAGAGUCGUCCUAGAUACUGUAGCAGACCAAAUCGUUUUUACAAAAUACUGUACAAGAAACCCUUGUGAAUAGUGCAUACUGUAAAUUCAUAUCAUAGCAAAACCAUUUCCCAUCAAUAUAUUUAGAGAUGUGUUAGAUUGGUUUUGUAAAAUGUUAUAUUCAAGUUGUACAAUUUGUUAAUAUGGUUUGGUGGGUGGAUUAGAGAAAAUGUUGACAUGAAUGUCAGCUGUCAUGAAAAUGUAUAUUUCAAAUGAAUAUUUCCAAUAAAAUAUAGUUUUCUGUAAAA